UCAGCCCAGCACGGAAGGGGCGUGGCGGCCGCCGGCCCCGCCCCGCCCCGCUGUGGGUGUAGUCGGCGGCGGGAGUGCUGCAUCCCGGUGCGGGGAGCGGGUGGCUGGGGCGAUGCUGAACCUCAUGGAGGUCGGCGGGACCCUGCUGGAGCGGGUGGCGGUCGGCAACGCCCUGUCCCUGGUGCUGGCCGCCUCCGCCUUCGUGCUGAGCCUCGGCUACCUGUUCCAGCUGGGCUACCGGCGGCACGUCGGCUCCGAGCACAAGAAAUACCCACCUUUCAUUUCAUCAAGCAUCCCUUUCUUUGGACAUGCAGUCGCAUUUGGGAAAAGUCCCAUUGAAUUUUUGGAGAAUGCUUAUGACAAGUAUGGACCUGUGUUCAGUUUCAGUAUGCUUGGCAAGACAUUCACAUACUUACUGGGUAGUGAUGCUGCUGCUCUACUCUUCAACAGUAAAAAUGAAGAUUUGAAUGCAGAGGAUGUAUACUCUCGGUUAACCACACCAGUUUUUGGCAAGGGCGUUGCUUAUGAUAUCCCUAAUGCGGUGUUUUUGGAGCAGAAGAAGAUGCUCAAAACUGGCCUAAACAUUGCCCAGUUUAAACAGCAUGUUUCGGUGAUUGAAGAAGAAACAAAAGAGUAUUUCAAAGCAUGGGGAGAGAGUGGAGAAAAAAACCUGUUUGAAGCCUUUUCAGAACUUAUCAUUUUGACAGCAAGUCACUGCUUACACGGGAAAGAGAUAAGAGGCUUGCUGAAUGAGAAGGUGGCUCAGCUGUAUGCUGACCUGGAUGGGGGUUUUAGUCAUGCUGCCUGGAUUCUGCCAGGUUGGCUUCCUCUGCCGAGCUUCAGGCGUCGAGACCGAGCACACAGAGAAAUAAAGAAUAUCUUCUACAACGUUAUCCAGAAACGUCGAAACUCUGAGAGAAAGGAGGAUGACAUGCUCCAAACUCUACUUGAUGCUUCAUACAGGGACGGGCGCCCGCUGACAGACGAUGAAGUUGCUGGGAUGCUCAUCGGGCUGCUCCUGGCCGGGCAGCACACGUCCUCCACCACCAGCGCCUGGCUUGGCUUCUUCUUAGCCAGAGACAAAUCCAUACAAGAGAAGUGCUAUGCAGAACAAAAAGCAGUCUGUGGGGAUGAUCUGCCACCAUUAAGUUAUGACCAGCUCAAGGAUCUCAGUUUGCUGGAUCGCUGUCUAAAAGAAACUUUAAGGCUUAGACCUCCUAUAAUGACCAUAAUGAGGAUGGCCAGGACUCCCCAGACUAUUGCUGGAUAUACUAUUCCCCCUGGCCAUCAGGUCUGUGUAUCUCCCACUGUUAACCAGAGACUCAGGGACACCUGGAGAGACGCCCUAGACUUCAAGCCUGACCGGUAUCUCCGAGAUAACCCAGCAGCUGGAGAGAAGUUUGCGUAUGUUCCAUUUGGCGCUGGCCGUCAUCGCUGCAUCGGAGAAAACUUUGCUUAUGUUCAGAUUAAGACUAUUUGGUCUACUUUGCUUCGCCUGUAUGAAUUUGAUCUUGUUAAUGGCUAUUUUCCAACUAUAAAUUACACGACAAUGAUACAUACUCCUACUAACCCCAUUAUCAGGUAUAAAAGGAGGUCACCGUAAAUUCUGGAGCUAAAGCCCUACUUAUUUAAAUUGUGUAAACUAACAAUCAGACUUGAAUGAAAUUGUGACAGAAUGAGUGGCAAACAAACUGCUCUUAGGGAAGCAACCAUAAUCUACCACAUGCAAAGUCUUUGCAUUUCUUGUUUGUUUGCCCACACCAUUGAAUGUUGCUGUGUAUAAUUGCUUGUUCUACAACUUUCUUGUUGUGUUUUUAAAGGAAAAGUGUCUUUUCUAUUGGUGUAACACUUUUAAGGUGCAUGCCAGCUCUCUGAGGUGAAGAAAUACAUGAUUUCCAUAAGUGGAACUCUUUGCUCUGGAAAAAUAAUUGAAGAUGAUGAUUACUUUCCCCAGAUAACAGAGGGUGAGCCUGCAUACCCUACCUCUGCAUCCAACUACAGGAAAUCUGUUAGGAAACAGGCACCACAGUGGGAUGAAUGGGGUUGGUGGUGCCUUUCCUUUACUAUUUGUGAUUCUGAUCAUGCAAGCGAGGUAAUGUUGCUGAUCAUUUAAAAGGAUGUUACUGUCCAGCUGAGCAGUAGGCAGACUGCAAAAUGUUCAAAGAGAAAAGUCUUUUCUGAGAAUAAACAAUUUAAAUGUCUUAAAGCAGUUGGAAAAUGCAACAAAAGGUUUUCUAAAACGUACUUUAUGAAAGUAGUGAUUCCUGGAAGCUUGAUGUAAGUGUGAAAGUAACACUGUGAUGACACAAACAACGUUUGUAAAUAACACUUCUGUGUAUAAAAUGGUCGCAAAUGAAGUGAAACAGGUGAAUGCUGUCCCCCUGUGUACGGACUCACGCAGAAUUGUUCAAUGGCGUUUGGGUCAAGAGUGGCCAUGAUGAAUGGUCAUAAGCUCUGGCUCACAGGAACUUUGAAUUAAAUCUAAAAACAAACCUCUUGUGAAGUUUUCUGUGCUCAGGUCUGUCAAUUCUGAAAAGCUUCUGUAAGUAAAUUUGUAAUAAACUAACUUUCUGUCUUUUAA